AUGUAUAUAGCAAGUUUUUUUUUUCGGAAAUAUUCAAGUAUAAAUAAUAAAUUGAAUUUAGAAAAAAUAAAAAAUGUUAAUAGGAUAAGUGAGGAUAUAACAAGUAACAAUAUAAGUAGAAGGAAAAGGGAAAAAAAUAUGAAAUUAGAUAUAAAAAUAUAUGAAAACUUAAAAAAAAAAAUGUUAGGAAAGCCAUUAAAUAAAUUACAAAAAAAAUACAUUAAUGAAAAGUGCCCAAAUUUUGCUCCCGUGUUUUUAGAUCAAUUAAAACCAAGAAUGACUUUAUAUAGAAAAGCUAUUCAAGUAAGUGAGUUACCUUUACCAAAAUAUCCUGAAGUUGCUUUUAUAGGAAGAUCUAACUGUGGUAAAUCUACAUUAAUUAAUGAAUUAUGUGGAAGAACAAAUAAAGCAAAAGUUAGUAAAUUGCCUGGAUGUACAAAAGAAAUUCACUUUUAUAAAAUUGCAAAACCUUGCUUAUUGUGUCUGGUUGAUUUACCAGGUUACGGAUUUGCUUACAGUAAAGAAGAAUUAAGAUUACAGUGGAAUGAGUUUACUUUGUUUUAUUUAAAAAAUAGAAAAAAUUUAAAAAAAGUUUUUGUUUUAAUUGAUUGCCGAGUUGGUUUAAAAAAUAGUGAUAGGGAAUUAUUACACUUUUUUGAUAGAAACAAUAUUAAAUAUCAAAUAAUAUUAAGUAAAUGCGAUUUAUUAAAUACAAAAGAUUUAACAAAAAAAAUACAAAUUAUAAAUGAAGAAAUUAAAUGUUUUAAGAAUAAAGAUCAUUCAAUUAUUCCAUUGAGUUCUCUAAAAAGGCAAAAUUUAAAUGAAUUACGAAAUGAAAUUGCAAAAUAUCAGUUAAAUAAAACCAUUGUUAAAAAUAAUAUUAUAAUGAAAAUAAAUGAUUUAAUGGAGCAAAAAAAAUUAAAAAAAUUAAAAGAAAAAAAAAAUGAUGAAAAUGAAAGUGAAAACCAAAAUAAAAAUUCAAUUUUUUCUUUUAAUUCAAAUAUUUUGGAUGAAAAAAAGAAAAAAGAAAAAAACACAGACAAUAUUUCUAAAGACAUAUUACUAAGUAAUGAAACUGUUUUUGAGGCAUUAAAUAGAUGGAAAAUAAAUGAUAAAAUUAGUACAGAUAUAAGUUUUAAUAAAUAUAUGAAUUAUCAUAUUAAGUAUUUAAUAACUUUACUUCAAAAAAAUUUCUUAAACAAUUGCUAUAAUGAAUAUAACAAAAAUGAUUUAAAAAUUAUAGAUGAAAUUAUUGAAAAUUAUGAUAAACCGGACCAUGAUAAUAUUAACGAAAUAUCUUCAAUAAAUCAUUCAGAAAAUUUAAAAGAAAAUUUUGUAGGAAAAAAAAGGAGUUUUAAAAAAAGAACUUACAUGAAUUCUAAACAAAGUAUACACGAAGAAGAAAUGAUAGUAAAAGAAAAUAAUAAUAACAAUAUUACCAAUAAUAGUAAUAUUAAUUUAAUUAUGAAAAACAAUAUAAAUAACAUAUUUUGUGAAGAUAGUUUAAAUGAAAAAGAUAAUCUGAAUAAAUGUGAUAUAAAUGGUGAUAAAUCAAAGGAUGAAAGUAUUUAUAAUAUAAUUAGUGAUAUAAAUUAUAUUGAAAAUAAUAAAAUAAAUGAACAUGAUAAGUGUAAUAAUAAAACAAAAAUUGAGAAUUGUUUUAUAAAAAACAAAGAAGAAAGGAUUAUAGAUAAAUUAAAUGAUAAAAAAACUUUUGAAUGUUCUAAUAAUUUUUUACAAAAUGAAAUACAUCCAAUAGAGAGUGUAUUAUUUUACAAUAGUUUACUUAAAUUUGAUAAAAAUACAAGUAUUGAUUUUAGUUGCUUUCAUUCAGAAAAUGUGAAAAUGGACAAACUAUUUGAUGGAAAUAGUGAAAAUAAAAAAUUAAUUGAUAAUUUUCAAGAAAAGAACUAUUCUAACAUAAAAAAUGAUAUUAUAUUAGAAGAAGAUGAAACAUACUCUCCUGAAGAUUAUGCAAGUGGCUUAAAAAAACCUAUGAAAACAUUAAAAAAUGAUUCUUUAUACAAUUUUGAAUUUAAUAUAAAUGAUAAAAGUACACAUUAUAUUUACGAAAAAAAUAAAUCAGAAGCAUAUAAAAUAUUUAAGAGUAAGCAGUUAGAAAAUUUGCAUGAUGAAAAUAAUUUUAGUUCAUCUCAAAGGGAGAAAAAAAAAAAUAUUAAUUCAAAUAAUUCUUCUACAAAUGUUAAUAAUUUAGUAAAUGAUCAUAACUCUAAACGUAAUGAUUGUUCUACUGAAAAAUACUUAGAAAAAAAAGUUGAAAAUAAUGAAGAAAAUACAAAGAAAAAAUAUAUAGGUUUGAAAACAAGAAAUGAAAUUAUAAAAGGCACUAAAAAACUAAAAUUAUUUGGUAAAAAAAAAGAAAAAGAAAUAAUAAAUGUACCUACAGAUUUAGCUACUGAUUAUUUUAAAUUAAGUAAUAAUUCUACUUUUUAUAAUAAAAAAAAGAGCAGUUGGAAUUAUAUUAGUAGUAAGUAUAAUAAAUGGUUGAAAAAAGCAAAGCAUAAAAACAUAUCUUCUGAAAUUACUGGUUCUAUUAAAAAAGAAGAUGUAAUGAUAAGAUAUGCAAAAAAACAUGAAACUAAAUAUAAAAAAGAAAAAAAUAAAUUAUUAAGACAAAAGAAGAACUUAUGUAUGAUAACAAAACCACCUAGUCAUAACAAAUUCAAAAAAAUAUCACGAAAUUAUACCUUAUCCGAUGAACAGAAAAUAUUUGAUAGAGAAGCUUUUUUUAAAUAUCGUGACGUUAAAAAGUGA